CAUUAGGACCGGUCCGACCUGCUCGCUCUGGACCUGGGAAAGAGACUGCGGAGGGGAAGGAUGAUAGCACAGCCAGGACGAGAAACGGUUUCCUGAAUACUGGGGUUGGGAGUGGCCAUUCUGACUCACGGUAGCUGAAGACCCACUGGGCCCCCGGGGAUGCUGGGCAGAACAUGUGUGCGGAUGGACCGGGGGCAGGGGCAGGGAGAGAGCCCAAGGAGGGGAAAUGGGCACCCAAGUCUCCCAAACCGGCUGCCCCCGGGGUCGUUAUCGGGGAAGAGGAAUGAACGUGGCCCCCACUGACCUGGGCUGGUGGGAGCCUUGGGGUCUCUGGGUAGCGUCAGCAGCUGGAAUGGUGACCCAGCAGCAGAGGUGGGCCGUCUAGUGUGGAAGCUGGUGAAGGGUUCCUGGAAGCCCUGGGUCCUGGGCAUCCCCUUGUCCCUCAACUUCCAGAACCCUCCCUCAUCAAUUGCCAUCAGAAUCCAAAGCUCUGGGCUUGGCAUCAGAGGACUAGUGCUUUCCUGCCCCCCAUACCCGGGAGCACACAGCGUUCCUGCUGCCUCCCCGUGGAGCCCUCCUGGGUUUGGCAGACUCCGCUCCCUUGCUGGGAAAAGGAGUAAAGGCCCCCCCUUCAUAGCCUCGUUGUGACGGUGCGACAGAGAACACGUGAACACACGCAACACGCCGAGCAGAGAACGAGACCCCCGGUGCGCCCCCCUCCGCCUCUCAGUGCCACCUGCCGUGAGCGCCCUGCCGUGCCUGGUGGAGGGCCCCGGGCGGCGCGUGCGGAAGGUGCCCAGACAGGUCUGAGCUCUGCUUGAUGAGACAGCCUUGAGAAACACUGUCUUUAUAAAAACUGCUCAUGGAAACAGGUUCAUUUACCAACUAGCUCCCGUUGGCCAAAGCACAGUUAAUGUUCUGGAAAAAACGAUCUCCAGAACGUUCUCCCCUCUCCGCAGUUUUCACCCUCUCUUCCAUUUCUAACUGCGAUUUUUCUGAGCCGAGCCGACCACAACUCGGAAGGGAUAUAAAUGGAUUUAAGACUUCGCCAAUAAAGCCAAUCACCUGCUUUUGCUAAAUUGCUUUAUCUGCUGUGUUCUCGGGUUGUGCUGUUUCAGGGAUGGCCGCCAGGAUGGGUUGCAACAGCACUUAACGGGGCUUCCUCAUUUUCACAGGAAGGAUCGGUCUCCUGGGGAGAGAGGAGGGGAACCGGGUCUGAGUUCUGAGUUCUGGGUACCAAACCUUACCCAGCUCUGCCGGGAGGGUUGGAGGUAUUUUUGAUUUGGGGCCGGGACCUGGGGCGCACAGAUCAGGGGUGUUGCUAGGCUAGAAGGGGGAGUCUGGUAAACUCCGCCAGCACACGCUGGAUUUGGACUUGAGAGCAAUGGGGAGCUGGCUCUGAGUGCUAUCGGGGCGGGGGAGGUGACAGAUCCAGCACUGGGGGUUUUAUUCUGACUGAGCUUCCGGAAGGUUCGGAAAAGACCCCUUGGGAGACAAAACCUGGGGCCAGGAUGGAGAGAAAUGGAUGGCUGAGCCCCCCAGGCGUUGAUGGAGGGGAGACACGAUGGGCUCCGACGCUGGCCCAGGUGGCCAGGAGGAGGGCAGUGUCCUUCAUCCCGCGCUGGUUCCGUUAACCGCCGUAACAAAGGCGGCCCGGGGUGGCGAGGCUCCGAGGCACGGAGAUCCACGCGGAGCUGGGCCAGGGCCAGGGCCAGAGAGCGGGCCCGGCGUCCUCCUCGGGCUCCCCUCAGCUCCCGUGUCCGAGUCCGGGACAACCGCGCGCCCUGCUACCCGAGCAUUGCCCGUCGAGGGCGUCCUUCCGUGCGCGGGGCUCCUGGGGCGCCUUCGGGGUCCCGUCUUGCCCUGGAGAUGGUUCCGCAGGUCGGGUCGCAGCCGCGGAGUGGGCGGACCGGGACCACAGCCGGACCGGGUGUGCGUGGCGGCCGAGAACGCGCGGGACCCCAGAUCCCCGUUCGGCCGAGCCCUCCCCUCUGGGCCGCCCCUUCCUCAUCUGGACUGGCGGGGACACACGUCAGCGACCUGCCUGGCCGACCGCAGAGCGCCGCACUGGAAAGUGCGCGAGACGGACCGACGCCCGCCGACGCAGAGGUUACCGCUCCGCAGGGGAAAGCGCGCUCCGCAAGCCGUCCCUUUAAGGCGUUGGGCCCGCCCGAGGCUUUCUGCCCCUCGCCGCUCCCCGUAGUGCCCCUCCGAGAGGCUGGCUUUGUGCGCUCGCCCCGCCCUGCCGCCGCCCCGCCUCUCGCGCACGCGCACUGCCGGCGCCCCCCCGCGCCGCCUCGUCCAGCUCGGCCCGGCUCCCGCCCAGGCGGCGGCGACGCGACGCCCCGAGCGCCCGCCCCGCCGCCGCGGCCGGCAGCCCGCGCGCAUCUCCCCCUUGCUCUCCGCUGCUGCUCCGAAGACCGACCCCAGACCCCGGCUGGCGCUGGCCUGGCGCGCGACCCGUCCGCUCUCCUCUCCUGCAGAAACGCCCCUACCCCGACCUGCUGCCCGCCCUCCGCCCAGCCCGCCAGGCCCCGUGUCUCCCCGAGAAGCGGGCUCCCCAGGUCCGUUCACCAGGCCCUUCAGACACCCUGGCAGGUGCUGCGCCGGACGCUGCCUCUGAGGUUGGCCCGCCCCCCAGAAGGCAGCACAGCUGCCUUCCCGGUCGUGGACUCCCCGCGGAGCCGGUGACCUGCUACCCCGACGCCUCCCCAGAGUGUUGAUGGAAGAUGCAAGGCUUUUUCCCCUCUUAAGUGGAAACGGGGCGGGGGGCGGGGUGCGUUGAGUCAAGAAAUUGUCUUCUUUGCAAUCCCCCUGAUUUUUCACAUGUUCGUGUUUUGAUAGCCCAAGGGACCGCAGAUUGGGUUUGAGCUGGGAGGGAGGGGUUUGACCCCUUCUCUGGGAGAUUGUUGUGUUCCCAGGUCCUCACCUGAGGGCAGGGAGUCACAGCUCACCUCCCGGUGGGUCUCAGUUUUUGUGUUAAAAGGAGCAGGUCUGCCCCGUGGACCCAGGGAAGCCUCUUCUGUUCCCAGGGCCCUUCUCCCCCACCCCUCCCUCGGCUCCUCUGGUACCUUCUUCAGAUGCUGGGUUUGGUGAAGUCUUUCCGGGCUGACCUCUUUGCUCCCUGCUUGUCCACCCCACCAUGGGGAAGGCAGCUCGGGUUAGCUGCACGGCCAGGUUGCACGAGAUUGAAUCACCAAGCAGCUAGCACUUACUGGGCACCAGCUUCAUGCCGGCAGGUCCAACCCUGGGUGCAAUGAUGCGACCUGCCCCUCCACCGCUCCAGUACUGGGGGCUCUGGGUGCAGCACCGUCCACCCUGGGGUGGGAGCCCUUGCUGCGGGUGGCCAGCCGGGGCCACAUCUGUUGUGCUCUGCACGGCUGGGUCGUGUUGUCCUUUCUCUCCCCUCCCGUUGGAUAAAGAUUUCGGGACAUGUUCUUUUUCGACGGCUUCCAUUUUGCCUCGGUGCGACAGGGAGUCGCGCACGAGCUUUCCGUGUGGGGCACCACGCUAGCAUUUACACCGCAAACUCAUCCACUGAACGGCGCUGCGCUGCCGGGAAUCGGAUGGGAGCUGGAUGGCCAGCGACGUCUGUGAACACGCCCUGCGGCUCCCCCGUUUCGGAGUCCCCAGGUGUGCUUCUAGGAGGCGCAGCCAGGUUCUGGAACCCUGGGCUCCCGCACCGCCGGCAGCUCCCCUUGUCACGCCUAAACCUAAUUUAGCCGCGGUCUCCCCUCCUGCGGCGCGAGCUGGGCUUCGGGGCUCCGAAGCAGGCACGCUGGCCCCGGUUCUCACUUCCCGGCUGUGUCUUGCCAUCGGCUCGCUGGGGACAGGGCGCCUUUUGAGCUGCGGGGGUUCUGGAGGCAGCCUUGUGUCUGUGCCUGGCGGCAGGGAAGGCCCCCCGGGGGGCCCAGACCACUGGGGUGUCUGUUUUCAAACAUGGCGGCUAAGCACCGUGGCAUCACUUGUGAGCGUUGGACGAGUUCCCAAAUUUCUACACCCUGGAGCUCAGUCUCCUGCAGUUUGGGUUGGUUUGGCUUUUUUUUUCUUUUUUCUUUUUUUUUUCGACAU